GUCAAUCUCGGGUGUCUACAUACAUGUACAUUGCAUGACAUUAUAAAGAUUCUGUUGUGGUGCGCAUUGUAUUCAGUCGAUUGCGCUUCUUGUGUAUCUGAAAUCAAAGAAUAAGCAAUCAAAAUACAAAAGAUGCUUCAUUUUCUUUCCGUCAUGAAAUUAAGAUUUAUUGGAGAAUUUAUUGGUUUUACAAUUGCAUUAAAACUGGUGACCUUCGUGACCUGCACAAAACCUUUGAUCAAGUUCAAAAUUUUUACACUAUAAAAAACCCCGGAUAAAUCAUAAGUUAUCAAUUUUCCAAAUCAUUAAAAUGUAUCGAUGCAAGUAGACUUAGAUAUAACAAAUGAAAUCAUCAUGGAUAAAAAAGCAAAAAAAGCAACAACAACAACAAAAAAAAAACAUCAGCAAAAAACAAACAAACAACAAAACAUCAAUCAUAACGAGAAAAUAAUAUUUACACUGCAUUUCGUUAAAGAACAAAUUUGAUCUUUUAUGAAAUCAUCUCUGUCGAAUUCAAUGAAAAAUAUUUAACAUUUCCAAUAUUCCUUUUAUCUUCGAUAUCUUUACCAAUUGAAAUAAUAGCCAAUUCCUCAUGAAUGUGAAUAAUGCGUGUAUGAAUCUGGAUAAAUAUUACAACUGUGUUUCAACGGCUGGGAAUAUUCCGACGGAAAUGUAAGUAAAAUGUAAAUGUAAAAAAGGAUAAAUUGCAUAUCUGAUAAUGCAUGAGCUAUGAAAUAAAACACUUCACGCCAGUAUGUUUUCCAUAAAACUCUUCAUAACAUAUAUGCUGGGGUAAAGCAUUGCAGUUCAUGCUCUCAUGUAUUUUCAAAAAAUGAAAUUUAUUUCUGAAUUGGACUUGGAAUAUUAAGCAGGUAUCAUCAAUUCAUUAGUUGUAAACAAUAUCGAUAUCUUGUGAUGGGAGCACACGUAGUGAAAAUACAUAAUAUCAAUAAUUAAGUUCUUUGAAACGAGUCCCCCACCGGUACCGGAAAACUCGUCGAAAGACAACUCACCGAAAGUGAAUUAAUGCAACGUGAAGAGACAAGCCACAGAAAGAGAAGGCAUGGAUGACGACACCUCAUCGAAGUCACUUGUAUUGAAUAAUAAUAAAAUAAUAAUAAUAAUAAAAAAAAUUGAACAUUUUUCAUUGUUUUGUUGUAUUUCAUCAAUGUCACCAGAGACACUCUUCAUCGGUCAUUACAAAAUUUAAGUAGUCUUAAACAAGGCAAUCUAACAACCCCGUUACUCCGUUGACCAUUGUCCAGAACCUAUAUGAACGCGACUUAGCCAAUGAACCAUGCACAACAUUUCUUUAGAAGGGUGCCAUAGACCUUCUCGUGUGUUGUGGGUGUAUCGCACCCCGACAUUCUCUCAAAAAAAUAUAAACAAAAUUAUCAUUCCUACAUUUUUUUUUUUACUAGUUUCGAUGAGUGUCGAUAGACUGUCGUAUCUAUGAGUUGUCCAUUCUAUGAUUUGUCCAUUCGAUGAGUUGUCAUAUCUAUGAUUUUUUUUCGAUGAGUUGUCUUUCGAUGAGUUGUCAUAGACCCGUUAUCCACUAAUUAACAAUAGUUGUUUUUUACUGCCGUGUUGAUCUAUUACACGUACACUACAUACAGUACAAUGAGUAUAUUCUCCAUAUAGAAUCCAUAGAUCCUCACUUUGAUUAGUGUUGAACAUGUUGGAAAGAUUUGACAAUUUAGAAGAAUAACAGGCGUUGUACUUACAAUCAAUAGUCAGUAUUAGACUGGUUUUAAUUGGGGAAUCACCUUCCAAUUAGUUCGUGCUGUACUUUUUCUACAUUAUACCUAUUUAAAGACAACAGCACACUUGCAGGAGUCAGCCACCCGUGACUUCUAUACCGAUAUUUAAACUUUUCUUCUUCCUGCUUUGGGACAGGUCGCUGUGAAUUAUAUACAAACCGUGUAACCCAAUGCGCAACAAGACAGUUUUUGGAAUACUCCAUUGUGCUUCAUACCCAAAUAAAAAGGGACCCAUCCAGGCAGAUCCUGGCAGUUUAGUUCGCGAGUUAAAGUGUAGGGUGCUCAUGGACUUAAUCUGCACACACUUUUAGUAGAUGUCCGUACAUAAUCGUAAUGACAAUGUCAACAUAAACAAGUUUUUCAUCUUUGAGUACUUUUAGAGGAUUUAAAAAUUUUGGAACUUUAAAGAUCUUUGUGAAAUUGUGAUAUACGCUGUUUCGUUUUCGAGGUUGCUGAUCGUGACGUCAUUGAACAUUCAGGACUGGUGUCCGGUUUAAGGAAUCGUUGUCAGCCCUCGAGGUUAGAACGAUGGAGAACUUUGACCUGUCUCAGCUUGACGACUUAACAGAGGAAUCCAUUUUACAAGCAGUGAAAAGUAGAUAUAACAGGGACACCAUUUACACGAAUGUUGGAGAUAUCUUGAUUGCGGUCAACCCAUACAAGAAACUACCAUUGUACGACAGAAAGAAUCAUGAAGAUUAUGGAUGGAAAGACUUUAAGACAAAUAUGGCACCACAUGUUUUUCAAGUGGCCGCCAGAGCAUACAGCCGGAUGCGUCAGAACCAGUCAAACCAAAUCAUCCUGGUUUGUGGGGAAUCUGGCUCAGGUAAAACGGAGAGUACCAAGUACAUGGUGGAGCAUUUCAUGCACAUGUGUCCAGAGGACUCCGGGGACCUGCAUGACAGAAUCAUCAAGGUAAAUCCGCUGUUAGAAAGCUUUGGAAAUGCCAAAACAAUAAUGAAUGACAAUUCCAGCAGAUUUGCCAAAUUUUUGGAGUUAAGUUUUAGAGGAGAUGGACAAGUUAUAGGAGCAAUGAUAAGAGACUACAUGUUGGAGAAAUGUCGUGUGGUGGGAAGAAACCAGGAUUGUAGAGAAGGAAAUUUUCAUGUCUUUUAUGGAAUGUUUGCUGGAAUGUCACAGGAAGAGAAACAAAAUCUGUACCUGCAAAAAGCUGAAACAUAUGGCAUAUUACUGGGAAGCAUCGAGAAUUUAAAGUUGACACAGCAGUAUGCCAAGCAGUACAGAGAAAACAUGGAAACCUUGCAGCAGAUUGGGAUGACAGAUGCUGAUAAGAAAGUGAUGCACUGCAUGCUGGCUGCUAUUUUGCACUUGAGUCAGAUAGAAUUUCAGGAGACAAACAAAACUUCUGGAGAGCUGAAAAUUGUUGAUACAGAACUGGUAGAGCAAGCUGCUUCACUGUUGGAAGUGGAUUACGAGUCACUUGGGCAUGCUCUUAUUUCUUCAACAACAUUAAUGGCAGGUGAUGAAAUUAAGGUAUUCAAGAGUAUGGACCAGGCUAGAAAUGGGCGGGAUGCCUUGGCUAAACACAUGUAUGAGAGACUGUUCGGAUGGAUUGUGAAGAAAAUCAACAAUAACCUGCACCCACGUAGAAAAAGUUCUCAAGCAAAUUCUGCGGAGAUUGGGAUCCUCGAUAUUGCUGGAUUUGAGAAGCUCCAGACAAACAGUUUUGAACAGAUGUGCAUAAAUGUGGUGAAUGAGAGACUACAGAAUUUUAUGAAUAAGAUUGUUGUCAUCCAAGAGAAAGCAAUCUAUGAAUCAGAAGAAGUUCCUUAUGAUAAUGUUGUUUUCAAGGACAAUAUGGAUGUUAUACAAUUGUUUGAAGUUUCGCAAAUUGGAAUUUGGCCAUGUCUUGAUGAAGAAUCUAAGUUUGCUCAAGGAACUGAUCUGAAAUUUGUGGAGAGGCUUAAGAAAAACUUCAAAAAAGAGCAUGCCCUGCACAGCCUCCUCACCUUUCCUAGGGGAGACAGAGCGGAAUUUGGUGUCAAACAUUUUGCUGGGGUGGUGUGGUACAACUGUGUAAACAUACUGGAGAAGAAUCGUGAUAGCUUAAACAGCGAUUUGGAAAAAGUUAUGAAAAACAGCAAUGAUGAUUGUAUUGCAGACCUGUUUUCUGUGAAGAAAGGUGUAACUGGAACAAUAUCGGAUACCAUGCACAACAUUAGAAUGUCCAGAAAAGUGCCCAGUCUUGGGGGAAGCCGCAGACCAAAAACAGAAAAGGGGAGACAACUGGGAAUGGAGUUGGGAAGCACUCUAAAGGAGAAGUAUGGAAAAGUAGGAAAACCAACAGAACUCCUUUAUAUGCCAAAAGACUACAAGACAGUCAUGAGUUACUUUCAGAAAUCUGUUUCACAGUUGCUAAGCAAAAUGCGUCAGGCAGAACCAUAUUUUGUGAGAUGUAUCAAACCCAAUGCAUUCAUGAAGGAAGAUGACUUCAGUGAUAUCAUGGUCAAAGACCAGCUGAAGUAUAAUGGGAUUUCAGAAAUCUGCAGAAUCAGGAAAAAUGGAUAUUCCUCAAGGAUCUCGGUGAAUGAUUUCAUGAAAAGGUACCAAUCAUUGUUUUCCGUAAAAGAAUCUGGCAAGAAGGAAGACUCUGUGAACUCGAUUUUGAUACAUGUCCUUCCUCCUGAUCUUAGAGACAAGUACCGCAUAGGAAAGACCAAGGUUUUUAUGAAGGAAGAUGUAAAUUCACACCUGGAGAAAGUUCUCUACAUUCGACAGAGGAGGGCAGCGAUGGUAAUAACCAGUGGGAUAAGGAGAAAUGCUGAGAAAAGAAAACGAGAAAAACGAGAAAAUGAAGAAAAAAGAAAACGAGAAAAUGAAGAAGCAAGAAAACACGUGAAAGAUAAAUACUCGGUUCCACAUGCAUCCAGUUACUCCGGCCGCAACCUGAGUUCAAGUUAUGUUAGGAAAGAUGACAGUGAGGAUUCAGAGACAACAGAUGAGGAUGAGGAUGUACCAGUAGAUGAAGCCAAAUUUCCCUCACUCAGGGGCACCAAAAAAAUAAAAAAGGUAAUGUCUUCUAGCAGUGAAUCCAAUGACUCGAGCCAUAACCGUCCUCCCACCCCCCCAACUCCCAGGAGAGCCUCAACGAAGACCGAGCCAGGACCACCCCCCAAACAGGAUACAAAAUUCUGGGACAUAUUCCAAAUCAUUGCACGUGAAAAGAAAGGACAAGAUGUACACACUCACAUGAGCCUGCGGGUCAUCAAGGUCAUCACCUUCUUCAUGUUGUUCCUCUUCCUGCUGGCUUGUCUGGUCGUUCAGAAAAUCAGUCUCAUCACUCUGCUAUCCGAACUCCGGCCAUACCGAGGAACACACCCUACCGAUAAACCAGAUGAAAGGGGUCUGGAGGCCAGUGCCCGCUACAUGUUGGCUCUGAUAGCAAUCUGUGCUCCAUAUGUCCUUAUCUUUAUUGUCAGUAUUUGGAGGUCUCUUUUCGGAAAUCUUCCCUUCCCAGGAAUGCGAAGUAUACUUGUGUGUGUGGUUAUAGAGAUUCUCCAUUCCAUUGGGCUGUGUUUACUGGUGUUUCAUAUCCUCCCGGACAUUGGAGCAGUACAGGGAGUGGGCCUGCUAAGUGCGGUGGUCAUCAUUCCAAGCUUUCUCAAACCAAUCUUUUCCAACGAAUUGGACUCGGAAGAUACAGAAAAGAAAAAACUCUUCAGAAAUACUCUGAAAAAGAUGUUGUUUUUUGUUUUGGAUUUGGUUGCUUUCUUUGUUCAACUGUCUGCAAUUCCUGUGCUUAUUGUACCUUACACCCAGUACAUUCAUGGCAACAAAACCCACACAGUCAACGAUAUGAAAUUAGAAAACGGAACUAUUGAAUCAAUGGAAUCUGGAUUUACCAUGGAUGGUGCAGUUGAGAGUGUGAAAAUUGUAGUGGCCUUGCUACUUUGCUCAGUCUCUUGGUGGGAAAAUUUCAUUGAUGAUAAAGUGUGUUGGAGUAAGAAAGGUCGUAUUAAGCAAGCUUUCUUUAAGCUGAAAUUUGACUUGCAGGAAAGUAGAGCCUAUAUAUACAUGUUUGUAUCCAUUUUUAAAAUUGCAACAUCAGUGAUAUUUGCCUAUGUUCUGAUGGAAGAUCCAUUGACUUUUGAUGUUGUAAAAAUUACUAAUACUUGGAAGACCUUCAACAACGCGAAGCUGUACUCGGACAUUCUUGCCCUGGUUUUGUCUGGCUUUCUGGGAUACUAUUUGGCCUACACAGUAUGCAAACUUCAGAUGCAGAAGUUAUCCUUCUCCAUCCCAUGCAUCUUGUCCACCCCAGUCGCCAUGAUUGCAUUAUAUUUGGAGUGCAAUACAGAUUCCAACUAUAUUUCCUCCGUCUCCGCUCACAGUUUAGAAACGAGCUGUGAUGAUGACCUUGUUAAGCCGUGGUUCCAUCUCCCUCUAGCAGCGCUGUGGCUGCUCUCUUUGUACUGGGUGGGGCGUCAUAUAUGGUUUCCAAGACAAGAAAGACUGGCUAAAGUUGAACGGUUAUUUCUCAACCCCAUGUACUGUGGUGUUCUCCUGGAGCAGCACCUAGUGAUGAACAGAAGGAGGCAUAACCGUCGAGUUGUUACACACAAGUCUGAGGACGAUCAGAUCCUGUUCAAGUUGACAAAGGAUGACCAGAAAAUGGGAGUCAGUGAGAAAACUAAUGAAAUGGCCAAAGAAAUCCCGCCCAUGAUAUAUGCCUGUGCAACCAUGUGGCACGAGAAUCGUCUGGAAAUAGUCCAGAUCCUUAAGUCCUUAUUUAGAAUGGAUAAAGAUCAGUUUAUGAGAAAAGAGGCUUAUAAAAUGGCAGGAUUUAAGAACAUGCAAGACAUAGAAUAUUAUGAAUUUGAAGCCCAUAUUUUGUUUGAUGAUGCAUUUGAAUUAAAUGAUGAUGAAGAAAUGGUACCCAAUGGUUUUGUUAGAUUAUUCGCCUCACUGAUGAAUGAAGCUGCCAGUGCGAUACAUUCCAAAUUAGUGGAGCUGCCCCCUCCAUUCAUUAUUCCAUCCUGCUAUGGAGGUCAAGUGAUUUUCACAAUGCCAGGUGGGAAUUUAAUUUACACACAUCUCAAGGACAAAUUGAAGAUCAGACACAGGAAAAGGUGGUCACAGGUUAUGUACAUGUACUACCUACUGGGGUAUAGAAUUGUCAAGGAAUGUCAAACAUUGGUCCUGGAUGCCUUGGAAAAUGCAGAUUUUUCCAAAAUUGCAUCAUGGGAUGAAAAAAUCAAGACUGUUACUGGUAUUGCGGGGAAGAGCGAGAUUUUUCAGAUACUGGAUGAAGAGGUCUUAUUUAGGGCUGAGAAUACUUUCCUUCUUGCCCUGGAUGGGGAUGUCGAUUUCACUCCAGGAGCAGUCAGAUUACUGCUGGACAGAAUGAGGAAAAACCCCAGGGUAGGAGCAGCAUGUGGUAGAAUCCACCCCAUCGGCAGUGGCCCGAUGGUGUGGUACCAGAAAUUUGAGUAUGCUGUCGCUCACUGGCUGCAGAAGGCUACAGAACAUGUCUUGGGGUGUGUCCUGUGUUCUCCUGGCUGCUUCAGUAUGUUCCGUGGAUCAGCACUAAUGGAUGACAAUGUAAUGAGAAAGUACACCAUUUUGCCAACUGAGGCUUCACAUCAUUUGAUGUAUGAUCAAGGAGAGGACCGUUGGUUGUGCACACUGCUGUUACAGCAGGGUUACAGAGUAGACUAUGCAGCAGCUUCAGAUGCUUUCACAUACGCUCCGGAGGGUUUCAACGAAUACUUCAACCAACGCAGAAGAUGGACACCUUCCACUAUUGCAAACAUUUUGGAUCUUCUUCAGGAUGGCAGAAAUACAGUGGCUUCCAACAACAACAUCAGCUGGCUUUAUAUUGUCUACCAGGGUGAGUUUAUGUCUGUCAGAUGUAGACAGAACAACAACAUCAGCUGGCUUUAUAUUGUCUACCAGGCUGCAUUGAUGGUGUCCACCAUUAUUGGUCCUGCCACUGUUCUGAUGAUGAUUGCAGGUGCCCUGCUGACAGUUUUCAACAUCGAUCUUGUCACCUCCUACAUCAUCUCCCUCGUACCAGCAAUACUUUUCUUCAUUGUGUGCUUUGUUUUUAAAGCCAAGAUUCAGCUUAUUGUGGCCCAGGUCCUUAGUGGGGUUUACGUAUUUGUCAUGAUGGUGGUCUUCGUAGGGGCAAUCAUAACAGCAGCCACUGAGACGCCUUACCACCCCAGUGUCCUCUUCUUAUCGGGAUUGGUUGUCAUAUUUCUGAUAUCUGCAGCUUUUCACCCCCGCGAGUUUCACAAUUUGAUUUUUGGAAUUUUGUACUUCCUUUGGGUGCCAUCUGGGUUUCUGGUACUGAUGAUUUACUCUCUGUGCAACCUCCAUGUUGUUUCCUGGGGUACUCGGGAAGUUCCAAAAAAGAAAACAAAAGCAGAAAUCGCGAAGGAAGAGGAAGAGAAGAAAGCUAAAGAGGAAAAGAAAAAACAGGAAUCUUUCUGGAACAAGUUGUUUCCCUUUUUCAAUCUUGUGCAGGAUUUGAAGCAGACUCUAACUGAAAAGUUUACCAAGGAAAAAGAAAAAGAAAAUGAUAAACUGACAGAAGUAUUGAUCAAGAUGAAUGAGAAUUUGGAGAAAAUGAACAAAAAGGAUGGAGUGCAGCUGGAGGAAGUAGUGGUUGAAAAGAAAAAACCAAAGAAAAGUGUUAAAUUUGCAGAGACACACGAGGAGAAGGAACUAGAAGAGUUUGAUGAAGAGAUGUACUUGGAGCAGCAGACAACAAAGAAGAAGAGAGAUGAUCUUGUUAACCCAGCCUGGGUGGAAACAGAAACAUUUAGUGGAGGAGAGCUGAUCCGUAUGAAUCAAGAGGAAGAGAAUUUCUGGGAAGGAUUCGUAACCAAGUAUCUGAAACCUCUGGAUACAGAUAAAGAAAAACAGAAGAAAGACCUGGCAUCACUAAUUGAGCUCCGAAAUAAUGUGUGUGGUGGAAUGGCACUUAUCAAUAUUCUGUGGGUUGCCAUCAACUUCAUGUUCCAGCUGAAGAAACCAACCGUCAUCAAUAUUCCACUGUCGUAUGGUAAAGAAGAGGAGGACCUGGAUGCACAGAGAGUAGAAAAUGUCCUUAAAGUGGAUGUGCUUGGACUGAUGUUUAUCAUUUUCUUUCUCUUUAUUCUAAUCAUCCAAUUCUUUGGAAUGAUUGUGCACAGAUGGGGCACCUUCAUGCAUCUUAUUGCCAUUACUGAGAUUCCUAAUCCUUGGAAAAAGAAAGUGGAAAAUGCAGGCAAUAUUUCAUCGUUGAAGAAAAGUGGAAAAAUAGCACUGGAGUUUUGUGAGAAGAUGAUGACAGAACCUUUCCCAGAUUAUCCUAGUGACGAUGAAAUGACUGAGGAGGAGAUGAAAAUGGAAGAGAGACGGUUAGUCAGGGAACAGAUCAAGAACAUGGCAGAAACUGGAACCAAAGACCGAGCAGGUCAACAAGAUUUAGGUAUUUCACUAAGAAACACCAUGAUGGGCAGGUCAAGUAAUCGAGACAGAUUCUCAGACAACCUGAGUAGAUCAAGAACAAUGCAGUUUACAUUAGAAAAUGAGGAUUUCUUGGCUCGUUCUCAAAAAUACAUUGAAGACUCUAAGAGACCUGCAGAUGAUCGAGAAACUCGAGGUGUACGGUACAGGAAAAAUAAAAACAAAGAAAAAUUAACACCAUAUAUUGGAAAGACAUUACCAGAAAAUGAAAGUAAAGGAUUAAGGAGGUUUGGGAGCACAGCACCUGCCCAGAAAGAUUUCUUUGAGAAGGUGCUUAGCAAAACAACUAUUGUAAACAAAUACAAACUGGGGACUUCUCAGAAGAACAUGGGAGCGACAGGUCUAGGAAGGUCUUUCAGACGAGAUGAUAAUGUCAACAUGGACGAUGACAACAUUUAUGAUGAAAUUCCUGCUGCAGGGACAAUGGGACGGGCUUGGGCCAGAAGGAUGCGUAAUUUUAAUGAAUCAACAGCCCCCCCUUUAACAAGAAAUGGAAGAACAAACAGUAGAUAUACCCCGAAGCGUACUACUACACUGCUUGCAUGAAACGAUAUAAAAUUAUUCUUGCACGGAACGGUGACCGGUUUGCAUGGAACGAACCAGUGGUUGAACUGAGUGGGCGUGACUUCGUCUGAGUCUAAUGUACAAACAGAGAAACUGGAUUGUCUUUCACAUUGGCUUCUUGUGGAUUCAUACAAAUUGCUGCAAUUUGAUUUUGUAUAGAACCAUAAGGAAAACACUACACAUAUUCUAUAAUGUAUAUAAUAUAUUGAAGUAAUCUGUUUCAUACAAACAUCAGUUGAAUUGAAAAAUUGUAUUGCAAAUUGUAAAUCACAUUUAUAAUGCACAUUGUACCUCACAUAUGACAAGAAAUUUUAAAAUGAUUUUAUCAAUAUGCCAGAAGUAUGUGUUUUGGAUAGAUGUAUUUUAUACAACCUAAUUAUGUUGAUUUGAAAUUUAUCAUUAUCAUCAAAGACUCAAGUGAGCUUUCCUAAUCAAAGUUUUGUUAGUUGACCUUUUUCUUCUCAUUGCUGUCUCUGUGUUUUUUAAUCUUUAACAUAUCUGAAUUAUUUUUGAAUGGAGGGCCAUACCCAUGUUAGAAAAUGUAGGUAUAGAAUGAUGUCAUUUACAAAACUCACAAUUUUUUGGUUAAACAUUUUAAACUUCAAAGAAUAAAGACUGCUCAUUUAAAAUUCAUUUGUGAAAUAAGGUUGUAAUGCCUAUGAUGUGUAGCCAAGCUGUUUAAACGAAAGUUCAGGUGUUUGUCUUACAAAAAUUACUUUUUAAUAACCCACCCCACCCCCAAUUAUAUUUCUUGAAGGAAAGUUUGUAGUGGUUGAUGAUAUCCCCCCUCCCCUUAUAGAAUUAAGGAAGAAAAUUGAUUAUGACUGGGCAAACAAAUUAUUAAAGUCCUUGAUGUCUAAGGGAUAAAAUCUAAUAUUCAAAAUAUAAAGAAUCAUUUCAGACUGGAAUUAUUCAUUUGUCAUCGGAUGAAAUGUCUCUCAUGAUUUCUACUAUAGUCAGUCGCAAAAAUGUAGACAGCAGCAUUGCUGAUGCUACUGAAAUUUGCGACAGAUUGUAACAAAUCACAAAUUUGUUUAAUGUGGUUUGGUCCAUCACAAAAUGAACAUGUUAGGUUUUUAAUGACCAUUUAUGAAAAUGUAUCAGGUUGAACAAGCCUGCACAGACUUUGUCUUUGCGUGGUCAUCUAUGAGCUGGAUUUUCUAUAGACUAGUAAUUUAUAAUAGUGAUUGUGUAUUUACCAGGUUAAGUACAGUAGGUAUAUAGAGAAUAGUAACUUAUCUGCAGUGUGAUUUGAUCUUUUACUGUUCUGAUUGUUGAAUUGAUAAAAAAAAUAUGUAUUUUGUUCUACCCCUUGUUUAAAAUAUAGCCAUUAUUAUUAUUUGUUCAAUGGUUUUCCUUGUAUUUUAAAGAUAUAUGAACCAAUGUUAAUCUUUUUUGUCUUUUUUGAUGUGCUGAUACACUGUAUGUGAAAGGAGCUUUAACUAAUCUAUUGAUAUUGUGAAUGAACUUCUUGUCAGAACUUGUA